CGGCCAGCUUUGAUCUCCUGGAUCUUCGGACAUAAACGGGUUUGAUUUAUUACCCGAAGUCUCUCUGAUUAUGCAACUGAUAUGGUUUUGACUCUUCCUCACACUGCUGGCGAGAUCCCCUACGGUUCUGCACAUGGAGCGUAACACUCCUUGUCAGACCUGUCGAUCGUUGCACAUAUCAUGCAAGUGGCCAGCUGACACGUCGAUCAAUGCGUGUACGAGAUGCACCCGUUUACGAGGCAUCUGUAGUGGGCCAGUGAAGAAAUCCCGUCCAGCAUGUGGAGCUUGUAAACGAGCGAGGGCCAAGUGCAUCUACGAUGCAGACCGGCCAUCAUGUAGGCGUUGUGUCCGACUCGCGAGGACCUGCGUGGAAGAUGGUCGAUCAGAAGACGGUUCAGCGGCCGGGUCUUCAACCCGCUCAGCUGGUAUGACGUUAAAUACAUCUUCAAAGACUCUAUGGGGCGAAACGAGCUUAAUGGACAUCGAUCUCUACUCUGGUCCAAUACGCCAGGCGUUAGUUUACCAAGGGUUGAUGCGGUUAAAUGCUAUGAACAUGGGAAUCAUCUACCGACAGAAGACAGGCAAGAAGACCGAUUUAAUGUCUUCAGAGCUGCUCGACCUGAUCGCAAGUGUUUCAUGCCUCAGAUAUAGUAAUGCAAUUGUUCAAGGAUCGGAUGCUCUCGAUGCUCAAGUCCUACCCAUCGAGCAAGUCACAAAUCGACAAUGGCUCUCUGGUCCAAUGCCAAAAGCAUCUUUCCAAAGCUCAGGUCUGGUAUCCUUCUAUCGUCGAACUUGGAACAUCAUCCCUCGUCUGUCUUGCAUCUCGAAUCCCGAUCGGCACACAUUACUCCAAUUGAUGACCGCUCUCCGACUGGCUUGGAAGCUGGGUAUAGAGAAUAGAGACCAACCGGAACUGGGUAGAUGCGUCUUGGCGUUUGUCGUCCGAAAAGCCUUACCGGAGCUCGAGAAACCCUGGGAGAAUCAAGCGGAGAAGAACGAGUUCGCUGAUUCAGCGAUUCAGUGUGCUUAUCGAGAGGCAGAGAUAUCGAUCAGCAUGGGUGUGGCAUCGCAAAUUCCAGUGGAAACCGUUCGCAAAAUCGUUUUGUUGGAUACUGGAUCAAUGGAUGACAAUACCGACAUGACACCGCUUAUCGCUAUCAAUGCCGAUUCCUCCAAUUCUGUCUUCACUCAUCUUUGGAGCAGCCUCAUGCGACCCACGGUUGGCAGAAUGAACGUCCAGAAACGCAUCUUGGCGGACAGCUAUGCACCGUGUAUGGAUUCCGUGCAGGUCGUCCUUGAUUGCUGGACUGUCAUUGACAAAGAGCUGGCGUUGCUGGACUCUUUGACUCAUACUGUCACGAUCUUCAAUUCGUUCAAGGAUCCAGAUCGAGACAGCGAGGCUGUGUUGGUGGUCCUUCGAGGGAUUGCCUGUUGUGAAUUAUGGAUCCUGCAAUCGGUCAUGUCGUCGUUGAUCGCAGCUCGAAGGCUGGAGUACGCCUUGACCGUCGGGUUGGAGAUGAGCAGAGGCAUUACGAGGUGGACGUUAGAAGUUGUUCAGAGGAUUCUCAAGAUACUGGACGUUGUCAUGCUGCACGAGACCUCAGUCUCGCGCCUUCAUCACGUCCUCGAUAUGACUGUCAAAACGAUAAAAUUGGGCAGGGAUUUUCUGCUCCCCGUCGUUCAAUGUCUGGACGGUCGACCGAGAGAGCUGGUCCUCGAAUGCCUAAAAAUCGCAUCUUUCUGGGAUGCAGGCUCACCGGCUCUACUGGAAGAGCUCGGGGGCUAUCAAGAUGCAGUGCUCAAAGCUUGAUUGUAGCAUGCUGUGUGUACAAAGUGUGAAAUCUGUA